AUGCCACCAAAAGGCAGAGACCAAGUCAAGUUUAAAAACUUUCAAAAUCAAAUGCCUGUCCCAUUUGUAAUCUAUGCCGAUUUUGAAAGCAUAAUCAAACCAAAAACAGAACAGAAAGGAGAUAAAUCAGAAAUAACAAGUGAACAUGAAGCCUGUGGUUUUGGUUAUCAAGUUGUAAGAUAUGAUGGUAAAGCAGAAGAGCCAGUAAUAUACAGAGGUGAAGAUGCAGCUGAAGUAUUCUUAAACCAUUUAGAAUGUGAAGUAGAAAACAUAAACAACAUCUUUAAACAUCCUAAACCGCUAAUAAUGACAGAACAAAACAUACAAGAUUACGACAAGGCUACUCACUGUUGGAUAUGCAAACAAGAAAUAAAUAAAGAUAAAGUAAGAGACCACUGCCACUUCACCGGUGAAUACAGAGGUGCAGCACACAAAUCCUGCAAUCUCAAGCUUGUCAUCAAACCAAAUAAAACUAAGAUUCCAGUUGUCUUUCACAAUCUAAAAGGAUACGACAGUCAUCUUAUCAUGCAGAAGAUACAUAAAACAAGUGGAAACAUUACAUGUAUUGCAAAUAAUGCAGAGAAAUACAUCUCAUUCAGCGUAGGGCAACUGAAAUUCUUAGACAGUUUUCAGUUCAUGGCUUCAUCAUUAGAGAAAUUAGUUGAUGCAACUGACAAGUCUGAUUUCAAACUAACAAGAGAAGUGUUUGGUAACAAAACCGAUACCAUCCUACGCAAAGGUGUCUAUCCUUAUGAAUAUAUAGACAAUCAAGAAAGAUUUGAUGAAACACAAUUACCUCAUAUAGAAAAAUUUUACAGCAGUCUUACAGAUGAAAGCAUUAAACAAAAAGACUAUGAACAUGCUCAAAAUGUGUGGAAAACCUUCAACUGUAAAACACUUGGUGAUUAUCAUGACUUAUACCUAAAAACAGAUGUUCUCUUGCUUGCAGAUGUCUUUCAAACAUUCAGAAAAACAUGUAUGAACACAUAUAAACUGGACCCUCUACACUAUUACACCGCACCUGGUCUGUCAUGGGAUGCCCUUCUGAAAUACACUCAAAUAGACUUAGAACUUCUAACAGAUCUGGACAUGCAUCUCUUCAUUGAGAAAGGAAUGAGAGGUGGAAUCAGUAUGGUAUCAAAAAGACAUGCCAAAGCGAACAAUCCACAUAUUGCGGAUUAUGACCCCGACAAAGAUGACAGCUACAUUAUGUAUUUAGACGCAAACAACCUAUAUGGUCAUUCAAUGAGCCAACCACUUCCAUACGGUGGAUUUAAAUGGCUAACCAAUAAAGACUUGAUAAAUGGCAAACUUCCACCAUUACAAAAAGGCAAAGGAAGAAUAUAUGAAGUAGAUUUAGAAUAUCCAAAACAUUUACAUAAACUACACAAUGAUUAUCCACUUGCACCUGAAAAACUUGCAGUUAAAUUAGAAUGGUUAUCUGAUUAUCAAAAUGAACUGCUUGAUAACAACGGCAUGUUGAACGUAGAAAAACUUGUUCCCAAUCUAAUGGAUAAGAAAAAAUAUGUUGUUCAUUACAAGAACUUGAGACUUUAUAAACAACUUGGCAUGAAAGUGAAAAAAGUAUACAGAGUAUUAGAAUUUGAUGAAAAACCUUGGAUGAAGCCUUACAUACAUUUGAAUACAGAAUUACGUAAAAAAGCUAAGUCUUCAUUUGAAAAAGAUUUCUUUAAGCUUAUGAACAACUCAGUAUUUGGUAAAACAAUGGAAAACAUACGUAAAAGAGUGGAUAUUAAAUUAGUCAAAACAGAUGGCAGUGAAAAUGAAAAGCUCCGUAAAAUAAUAGCCAAACCAAAUUUCAACAGACGUGUUAAGUUCUCUGAUGAACUAUCAGCAAUACACGUUCAUAAAACAAAACUCACACUGAACAAACCAAUCUAUGUAGGGUUCUCUGUUUUAGAACUGUCAAAACACCAUAUGUAUGACUGGUAUUACAACACACUGAAAAAGAAGUAUGGUGAGGAUUGCACCUUGCUUUACACUGAUACUGACAGUCUACUGGUAGACAUUAAAACCAAAGAUGCUUAUAAAGAUAUGUCUGAGAUGAAAGACGAAUAUGACUUCUCUGAUUAUCCAAAAGAACACCCACUACAUGAUGAAACAAACAAGAAAGUCAUAGGCAAAUUCAAAGAUGAAUGUUCUGGUGUUGCAAUAGCUGAAUAUAUCGGUUUGCGUCCUAAACUAUACUCUAUAAUGAGAACAGAUGAACAGGUAAUCAAGAAAGCAAAGGGUGUUAAAAAAUAUGUAAUCAAGAAACAAAUCAACUUUGAGAACUAUAAAGAUGCAUUAUUCAACAAGCAAAAGUACACACACUCAAUGAACAUGUUACGUUCCAUGCAACACAACAUCUAUGGAUUAAAAGUAAACAAAACAACACUAUCCCCACUUGACACAAAAAGAUAUAUAGCACCAGAUGGAAUUACGACAUACGCGUAUGGGUAUCAGCCGGAACAAUAA